UCCCAGUACUGUCACCUGCUAAGGCUGCAGCCGAGGCGCACUUGUCACGCGCCUCAUUUAACCCAACUUCACCCUGCAUGUGACACCCAAAAAAGUGUCAUUGUAGUUCUAGGUUGAUAGGCUUACUUCCAAUACGUCAACUUAUUCGUGCCUGGAUGGAGUAGAAAGACGUUUUUGACGCCGUGUUUAUUCCCUCCCUCCCCAUUCGUUGGAACCGUUAUUUUGUUUUAGAUUCGUUUUUUCUCUCGUUAUACUCCAACCUUCGGCCAAAAUGGAGGAGUUGCAUUAUUAUUAUGAUGGAUAGAGCAUUGUCACGGUGCAGGAAUCCUCGUUCAGAAUCUCCGACCUCGAAAGGAGCGCACUUGGAAUUGUUCCUCUCUCUGUUUUACCUGUUGCAUGCAGCGUUGUGCGCAGACAUGAAUUCCGACAACAAGCCCAACUUCCUCUCCCAGCCCGUCGUGAAGAACAUUUUCAUGUACAGGAACGGCGACCCUUACUACGACGCGCGGCGCAUAGUGAUCAACGAGAAGCGAGUGGGCAACUUUGAGACGCUGCUGCGGGAGGUGACGGGCGGGGUGCAGGCUCCGUUCGGCGCCGUGAGAAACAUCUACACCCCGAGAGGGGGGCACAAGGUGGAGAGUCUGGACCACCUGCAGAGCGGGGAACAGUAUGUGGCCGCCGGGAAGGAAAAGUUCAAGAAACUGGACUACACACACAUCGGCACCAAGAAGAAGAAGAUGCAGAUGUCCCAGAAUCUGCCCAUGUCGGCAAAGUUUAUUCCGCAGAGGCGACUCAUGGUUUCCGCAAGAUUUCUCAAACCCAUCAGGGACCCAUGCCCGAUAUUCGUUGUAGCCAAUGGAGACUUGCUGAACCCGGUGAUACGGCUGUUGAUUCAACAGAGGAUGCAAUCCCCGCUGGAAAAAAUAAUGGAGAUGAUCACUGAGAAGUUAGGCCUUAGAGUCCUGGGGGGUGUACGCAGUCUGUACACGUUUGAAGGCCAACUGGUGACUGAGUGUUCCCAGCUGGAGAGCGGUCAGUUCUACGUGGCUGCUGGGAGAGAGAAGUUUAAGAAAUUGCCCUACAGUGACCUCAUUUUCAGCAAACCCAGAGGCACCAGGCGAGUCAACGGAUCAAAAUCGUACUCCUUACCUCCAAUUUACAGAUUCUCAAAGCAAAAUGGGAACGGUAAAUCCAGCGGAGGUGGGGACUCCAAGGUGACCCCGCCAGGCCACUCCAGCGACCCCAACAAGGACCACAUCUCCUCCAUGGUGCGGGAGAUCUCCCAGGCCCGGCUCAUGUCCCUCCGGAGGAGGAAGAGUGGCUCUGAGUCUCUGAGUGUGUCCAACAACGAUGACACAGGGUCAAAGGUCGACGAUGGGGACCAGCCAGCCCAGAAUGGAGAAGAGGCAGCUGGCAGCAGGGAGAAAACUCCUUCUUCUGCUGAAAAGGCCAAAUCAGACAAAGGUGAAGAAGACAGCCGUACCAAUUCAGGGACAGCACAUCAAGAGGUGGUGGAAGAGAAUGGAGGAGAGGAGGAGAAGGAGGAGGUGAAAGAGGAGGUGAAAGAGGAGAUGAAAGAGGAGGUGAAAGAGGAGGUGAAAGAGGAGGAGGAGGAGAAGGAGGAGGUGAAAGAGGAAGAGCAAUGUGCUGAUGCCACUGAUAAGUCCAGUGGAGACUUGACCGAUGAUGUCAAGGAGACAAAAGAGGAAAAGGGAGCGGGAGCAGUAGGAGAAGGAGAGAAUGACGUGAAGGCAGGAGAGGAAACCGGGGCCAGGCCAGAUAGCAACAGCAGCAACAGCAGCAACAGCAAAGGCAACGGCGUUAGCAACAGUAACCAGGAAGAGGAUGAGACCAAAUCGGACGAGGGGGCCACGGAGGGGUCAAGAGGAGAGAACAAAGAGGAGAGGGAGGAUAAGGCAGGGGGGGGGGAGGGCGAUCCAGCCCCCUCCACAGACGCCAAAGAGAAUGGAGAGGCCGAUGAGGGGGAGAAGGAGGAGGUGAAGGAGGAGGAGAAGAAGGAGGAUAAGAUGGAGGAGAGGGAGGUGGAGGAGGAGAAGGGUGAUACUUCAACUGAUGGGGAUGGGAAAGGGGGAGAGGAGGCAAGCCUGUCCAAACAGUAAGAGGGUCGAUUCAGCUUCAGCUUCAGCAGCAGAAACGCAGGAUGCAGAGGGAGAGGAGGAGAGCUGAGAGGAGCAGACAGUCAACUAGAAAUAACAGCUGAAGGGUAGAAGUUUGAAGAAUACAAAAUACUUACAGUAGGCAGCACAGCACCAAGGCUUACGGUCAAUGGACUAUAGUCAAGGAGGGCUCGUUUAUGAGGUACUUCACUAGAUAGUGUUUUUGAUAUGGAAAAAAUGGAACUUGUAUCACAAAGCCAUGCAAUUAGCUUUUUGGAACAAAAGUCCAAUGAAAAAGCAAGAAAUUAGGCUCUUACCAGUACAAGUAGGGCGUCUGGUAAUACCAGUUAUAUCCUUCACAUAUUUUCCCACAAUGCAUUCUUUCAGGAAUGAAUUGUUCCUCCAUCCCCCUCAAUAAAAGUGAAGAUUAAUUGAAUAUAAUGUGAAUUGAUUAUAGUAUGAUUGCCAAAAUAUGUGUAUUUUAAAUACAUUUAUUUGAAUACUUGCUUUGUGUCUUUCUUAAUUCAACCACUGGAAUGCCAUGAAAGGUAGCACCAAAAUGUUAAUUUCCACUAUAGACCAAAGCUUUUUAUGUUAUAAUAUUGAUUCUCAUGUUAUAAUCUGUAUUAUUGUGUCAGUCUGUGAUGGUGUUUUUAUGAGUGUUGUAGCCAUAGGCAUGGAUGAAGAGAAACAUAAAUUACAUUGAUAAUGAUAAUGUGUUUAUUUUCAGAAGAACGUAUUCAAUGUAUUCUUUUUUUUUUUAAAUAGUGCUUCCAGUCGAUGGGGUAACAUCCUUGUUGCCUAUGCUGUGAUGGUCAUUUGUUUGUUUGUUUGUUUGUUUGUUUUGUAAUUCCUCCCUGAAGGUUUGCAUUUGAUACCCUGCCGAAAGAUUGUGGGUUUGCUGAAAUGUUCAAUUACUCAACUGAGAGAAAAUCUGCACACACGUAAUUAAAAGGCAUCGUUUUAAAUGUACAUUCUGGAACCAUUUUGUAUUUAUUUACUUAAUAACUUUUAUCAUUUUGUGUUAAGUUUGCCCUAAUUAGUUUUCUCAAUUAAUGUCAACAUUGUUAUUCUUGCUUUUGUCUCCUUUUUUCUUGUCUUUCUUUGGCUUUUGUGUUCACAUUGUCUGGAAGCAUAAUAUUGGCACUUGUUGCCAUAAUUUAUAUUGUAUUUAUUUUGUUCUGUCUAUAUGUUAUUUUGUGCUAUUGCAGAGUGCUGGGCGGCAAUAUUUUAUCAAAAGGGUGUUAGUGAGUACAAUAAGCUAUGUGCAACUGUAUGUUCAAUUAAAAAAGAUGAAGAAGAUAAUAAGAGUAUUAGACUGUUAAAAUACCAUCUCUACUUUCUCUUCUAUAUAAUAAAUACACUCUAAGACAUUCCAGCAAACAGAUGAUUUUUAAAGUAAAAAAAUAAAGGAACUAAGUGUAA